CCUAUUCAUAUCAACCCUCAUUACUAAAUCCCGGUUGUUUUAAUUGGCGACGAAGGAGUGAAGAACUACGCGAGCGAUUUAAUCUUUCGGUGGUGUAUUUAAUCGGACAGUUUUUUUUAUAUCAAUUUUUCCUUUGCGGGAUUGAAACGAUCGUCCUGUUCGAGUGUGCACGCAUCGGGGAAGAAAUUUGCUGGCCAUUGUGUGCGAGUAGCGGCGGCACCAUUUUGUUUUCUACAAACCGACGCCGAGUGAGCAGCAGCAAAAAACCAAGGAUUCUGUCGGUGUGCCUGGAAGUGCGGUACCUGUUGGCCGGAGAUUCGCAUCGGAAAGGUCGCAGCACGGCGAAUUUCGUGGUUCGGGCGGCAAGUGGCACGAUUUUUGCGCGGCGGAUUCCGGUGGAUUUUUGCUGAUUCGGUGCGGUGAAGGUUCUGCUUUUUGCGGUGGUUUGGAGCGUCGGCAGUUCCGGCGGCAUUUUUGGGACAAAGGAGAGCGUUCGUUGGCGGCGGUGGCCAGGCGAUUUGUUCUUAUACCGGGAGAAAGCAGCUUUGUGAGGCCAAAUCGCCACGGUGUAAUUCAGUUGUUUGAGCCGGUGCACAAACUUUUGCUUCGCUGAUCGAAGUUUUCCUGUGCUGGUGCACGGUGCGCGCGACGAGUUUGUGUAGGUUAAGUUUGCUUGCUGGCAAAGGCCGGGAAGGAGAUCGGUGAGUGAAAAGCUGUUUUAUUUUGAUCCCUGGAUUUGCAGUAAUUGAGAUUUUUGGUGUGUUUUUCUUUUUAUUUAUUGUUUUCUUUGGGAAAUUUGAACUUUGAUUUUUUUUUACCUGAUUUUUGAUACCAAGACAUGGGUUCGAACGGGUUAGCUAACUCUAUUGAGAUGUUUAGGAAGGGUACGUCAUUUACGGAUUGGUCCGAUCGACUAGACUAUACCUUUCACGCAAAUCAAGUGCCGGAUGAUCGUCAGAAAUCGCAUUUCAUGACGAUCUGUGGUCCAUUUCUCUUUUCUCAAUUAAAAUUGCACUACAGCAAAGAUGAGCUGGAUAAGGCCUCUUAUGCUGACAUUGUGUUGAAACUGAAACAAAAAUUGGACAAAACGGAGCCGGACUUAGUCCAGCGCUUUCGUUUUAGUCAGCGAAACCAGCAACCUGAUGAAUCCAAUGAGGAUUUCGUGCAGGCGGUCAAGCUGCAGGCGGAAUUCUGUGGUUUUGGGGCGUUUAAGGACGUGGCCAUUAUGGACAGGGUCCUGGCGGGUCUUCUUGACGGGAAUCUCAAAGAGAAUUUGCUGAAGGAGGAAGGUUUGACUUUGGACAAGAUGGACAAGUUCAUCACAACAUGGAACAUAGCAAAACAAAACGUUAAAGCAUUAAACAAUCAACCUGGAGGAUCUCAAUUGGGACAGUACAAUUACUUUACACCAGAACAAAUUCAUUACAUUCAAAAGACAACAACACAAAGACAAGGGUCUUCACGGUACGGAAAUUACAGACAAAAUGAUGGGUUGCAAAUGCAAAAUUAUUAUCUAGAAAGGCGAAACAAUUCCAGAUUUCAGCCUUAUAAAAACUACAAUUCUGAUUCUCAAGUUUACACUAACCGAAGGUUCAAUAACCAAACACAACAACAAAGGUAUUAUGACAAAAGCUAUGAUAGGAGAUAUCCUCAGACUAGAAUUUCGUGUGAUUUUUGUGGGAAAAUGGGUCAUUCUAAGCAAAAUUGCUUCAAACUUGAUUACUUUAACAGACAAUUUGUGAAUUUCAUGGGUGAGAGUACUGCAGAUGAUUAUUCCUGCAAUGAAGGUGGUGAAAUUGAGUACGCAAAUGCGGAAAUGUUCAACCAAAUAGAAAACUUUCAAGAUAAUAACGACCAAUGCAUGAAAAUUUUUACUGUUUUGAACACAACUUAUGUUAAGCUGGAUGAAACACAAAUAGAGGACCAAAUGGUUGAUUUUGAAGUUGAUGAUAGUUGCUUGUUGAAUGACAGCACAUUUUCUAUACCAAUUGAUGAUGAUAGUUAUGUUGACAUUGAAUUGAAAAGUUUGUUUACCCCGAAUUGGGAGGAUGAUUCGAUUUUGGAUUUGAACGGUUUGUUUGAUAAAACUUGUUAUAAUAUUGAUGAAAAUUGUGAUGAUGCCCUGAAUUGGGAUGAAAAUUUGUUUUGUGGUUUUGGAUUUUUACAUGAUGAGAACAUGGAAGGUGGUGAAUGUGAGAAUAUAGGUUUUAAUGAACUUUUAGCAGAUGUUAGCGUGAGUUUUGAAGGUGCCCCAAAUUGGGAAGAAAAUGUUGUGUGUGGUUUGAAUAACUUAUUUUUGUAUGACGAUGUUUUGGAUAUGAAUCAAGAUGUGAUGUUGGAAAAUAACCAAUGCAAUAGCAGCUAA